AUGUUGCGUAAUCCAGCUGGAGAGAGGAACAAGGAGGCAAUUCUUGAAGUGUUAAAAAAAUACAUUAUUGUAAAUACAAACACAACAUUAUUGGAAAUUUCAUCAGGUACCGGAUUACAUUCAUCAUUCUUAGCGAAAUAUUUUCCCAUGACAACUUUUCAACCUUCUGAAUACGAAAAGGAAAUGUUCAAAAGUAUUGUUGAAUAUAAAAGACAUUACGGAGUGGAAAAUGUAUUUGAACCAGUUUACGUAGAUAUCUCGAAAGAUCUUGAGAAUUGGGAUGCGAAAUUUAAUGGAGAUUAUUUGAGAGAUUGUCGGGAAUCUUUUGAUUACAUGUUGAAUAUUAACAUGAUGCACAUUAGUCCAUUCGAAUGUUCUAUUGGUUUAUUCUCGAAUUCCUCGAAACUUUUGAAGAAAGAUGGAAUUCUCUUCACUUAUGGACCUUACGCUGUUGACGGUGUUCUCACGCCUGAAAGCAACAUUUCAUUUGACCAAAGUUUAAAAUCUCGAAAUCCUUCUUGGGGCAUUCGUGACAUCGCAGAACUCAAGAAAAUUGCAAUCAAAUUCUCCAUCAUGCUCAUCGCUUCCUAUGACCUCCCAGCUAAUAACAAGCUAUUAGUUUGGAAACGGAACUAA